GAGAAGUUCAAGAUGGCGCUGUCCAUAAGGUGGAACGUGAAAUCUGUCUUUCGUUUUAUUCACAAGAGUAAUUUCCACAGAAGAUUGUUUAAAGCUGGAAAAGCGACGGCAUCAACGAGCCGCUCUAAAGGACUGGUUUUCUCAGGGAUCCAGCCCACAGGUAUUCCUCACUUAGGGAACUAUCUCGGAGCGCUAGAAAGCUGGGUGGCCCUUCAGGAUGAUUACAGCACAGUCAUGUACAGCAUCGUAGACCUUCAUUCCAUCACUCAGCCUCAGGACCCUCAGGUGCUACGAGAUAAUAUCAUGGACAUGGCUGCCAGCUUGUUGGCCUGUGGAAUCGACCCGACACGCUCCAUACUUUUCCAGCAGUCUCAAGUCUCAGAACACGCCGAGCUCUCUUGGAUUUUGGGCUGUCUGACCAGCAUGCCUCGUUUACGGCACCUGCCUCAGUGGAAGAUGAAAAGCAAGCAGAAGAAUGAAGGCAGUGUGGGGCUUUAUACAUAUCCGGUGUUACAGGCUGCAGAUAUUCUGCUCUACAAAUCCACACAUGUGCCAGUAGGGGAGGACCAGAUCCAGCACUUGGAGCUCGCCCAGGACUUGGCCCGUAUCUUUAACAACCAGUACGGAGAGUUCUUCCCUGAGCCUCGUGCCCUGCUCAGUGGCACACGCAAGGUAAAAUCUCUCCGGGAUCCGUCCUCAAAGAUGUCCAAAUCAGACCCCCAGAGGUUUUCUGCAGUCUUCCUGACCGACACGCCUGAUGACAUUGCACUGAAGAUCCGCAGAGCCGUGACUGACUUCACUUCAGAAGUGACCUAUGAGCCCGAUACUCGACCAGGUGUAUCAAACCUGGUCUCCAUGCAUGCAGCUGUGUCAGGACAGACCAUAGAAGGGGUGAUCAGGCUGGCUGAAGGUAUGGACACUGGACAAUACAAGAAUAUGGUGGCCGAGGCUAUUAUAAAGAAACUGCAACCCAUUCGGCUGGAGAUCCAAAGACUGAGGGCCGACCAGGGCUACCUUGAGAGUCUCUUAGCCCAAGGAGCAGAAAAGGCACGUAGCCUUGCAGCUCCUGUAAUGAAGGAAGUGAGAAAACUACUGGGCUUCUAUUAAGGCCAUUUGUUUUAAGAUAUUCAUAAACUGUGAGAUGCAACACAAACAUAUCUUUGUCUAAGAGUCAUUUAGUUUACCAGUAAGUAAAUUACACAGCUGUCAUCACAGCCUGUUCAAACGCUCAGUUAAUU